GCUCCUGACAAUACAAACAACCCUUCUGUCUCUCGUCGGCACAGUCAAAAGUCAGGCUAAAAGUUUGUCAAGAGUUAUAUCAUCACCUGGUAGUAACUUCGGCAGAUUUUCGGCUUCGAACGACACAAUGGCUGCUAGGAAAUGGUUCGCAUCCCUCUUUCCGGCGGUGAAGGCACAGGAAGAGGAGGAUUUGGUUGAUCCUCAGGCCGUUCUGAGGGAAAAGUGCUCCCAGCAUGGCCAUGCUCCUGUUUUGUGGGAAAAGUACCAGGCAUGCAAUGAGCGAGUCGGCGGUCGCUCUCAAACCACCGAAACCUGCGUCGAGGAGCUGUUCGAUUAUCUUCAUGAGCUGGAUCACUGCGUUUCGAAGACUUUGUUCUCAAAGUUGAAGUAAAAUGGUGGAGUCGACGCAAGUGAGGCGCAGCAGUACAUUCAACACACACGGUUACCAUCAGAACGGCGAAGUUUUCUCCCAGUAGUGAUGAAAUAUCGUGUCUUUCGACUAC